AUGGGUUGUGAGCGUGUCGGUGCAAUCGGAUAUUGCUUUGGGGCAAAAUAUGCCAUCCGACUGCUCCAGCCGGGUCUCUGCGAUGCGGCCUACGUCGCACACCCCAGUUUUGUAGACGCGGAGGAAUUGGGAGCAAUCCGAGGCCCGCUGACCAUUGCCGCGGCUGAAACCGAUUCAAUCUUCCCAACUUCAAAGCGCCAUGAAUCUGAGGAUAUUCUUGUCAAAAAUGGACAGCCGUACCAGAUCAAUUUGUUCGGUGGCGUCGAGCACGGCUUUGCUGUGCGCGCAGACAUCACUAAGCCGACAAUUCGCUUUGCCAAAGAAGCGGCGUUUCUGCAGGCAACCGCAUGGUUUGGACAAUACCUCUAA